GGUGCCAUCUCUGGUUACACAAUACGAGCGGCGGCCAGCGCGGCAGAGGGUUCCGGUUUCCGAGUUCUGAGUCCGUCAACGUUUGUAAAAUUACUAGUUUGGCGAGAAAAGAAGAUUGUUCGGUCCCUUGCAGAGACCGGGGCUGGGGAUGAUAUCUGCUGGGUGCCGGGUCACGAGGUUCAUCAGGACUGGAGGGAUCUAAUUUUCCCGUGGAACUGGCGGUUUGGGAGACGGACGACCUUAGAAUAGUACCACGCUAGGUAAACAGAACAACAAUCUGCAGGAUUGCGUCCAUCACUGCGGACAUUUCUGACAGCAAGUUUUCACCACAUCUGCUACUGUCCUUCAGCGGCCACACCGGCUACUGUAUUCAGUUGUCAACUGUUUCUGUAAUCAAAAGGGGCACAAUCAAGGAAUUCUUUCAUCCCAAAAGUGACACAGACUGAGACUGUAACGCCACCAAACACAAGCCGUCUAGUCUGCUCAUCUUUACCGGCAAAUGGUGACUUGAAGCACCAGGUAGGAUGAGAGUGCCCCGAUGUUUUAUCAUCCUCGUAGUGUGCUGUGUGACUCAGUGGCUCCGGAGUGUCCAUGGCUGUCCCCCGGAGUGCCAGUUUUGCAGCGAGGGAGCUGUGCAAUGUUCCGAACAGGCACUCACGGCAAUUCCAAUAGGCCUCCCAUCGUCAGUAACUCGAAUCUACCUCAGCCAUAAUGACAUCACCACCAUACCGGCAUCAGCCUUUGCCUCCACGGAAAGCCUACAAUAUCUGCUUUUAGAUAACAACAAAUUGAGUAACUCCGGCAUUGAAGAGAAGUCAUUUAUGAACAUUUCAAAUCUGGAAUAUCUCUACCUAUCGGACAACCACAUGACUAAGGUCCCGCCGAACCUUCCCCCGUCCCUCAUACAUCUUGACCUGCAGAACAAUGUCAUCUCAGCCAUCUCCGGCCUGCCAUUUCUACAGCUCCAACGUCUGGAGGUCCUGAACCUGGAGAAUAACAGAUUGCAAAGUCAGAACAUACCAACCAACGCAUUUCUCGGAUUGAAGAAUAUUCGCACUCUAGAUUUGUCUCGAAACUCCUUCACGUCCGUGCCCCAGCUCACCCUGCGCUCUGUGUCCAACACUUUGCGGCGUCUGGACCUGUCUGACAACACCCUCGGUACAAUACCACCGCUUUGUUUCAGCAACUACAAGGCCCUGCGGUCCUUGGACCUGACUAGAGCCGGCAUCUCCCGCAUUGACCCCACCGCUUUCCUGGGGACGUGGAGGUUAAAAGAACUUCGCCUUGAAUUCAACAACCUGACCAGUGUUCCCACCGAUGCGCUAGUUGAAAUCGACUACUUGGAGGAACUUUAUCUGACAGGAAAUCCAAUCGAUCAGCUGGCUUCCACGUCCUUUGUCAAACUCUCAGAACUAAAAACUCUUGACAUCAGCCAUGCCAAGUUGGGACCGUUCAACAAAUGGGUCUUUCGGAAACUUCAGAAGUUGGAAUUCCUGUCUCUGGCCCACAAUGCGGGAAUCACGCACCUGGACAGAAACUCGUUCAUCGACCUUCCUAACCUUCAGCAUCUGGAGCUUCACCAAUGUGGCCUUGCAGAUAUUGAUGCUGAAAUGUUCCUUCAGAUCCCCCAGCUUUCUUCAGUCAGUCUGUACGGCAACAAGUGGAACUGUGGUAGCCAUCUUUGUUCACUCAAGGACUGGCUGACGGUAACUAAAGUGAUCGUUCCCAAGAAAGCCCACAUAGCGUGUGAGCAGCCAGCUGUCUUCCAGGGCUUGCCGAUCAUGGCGAUAGACCGGACCAUCAUCUGCGCGCCCAACGCUUUGUAUUCGGACUCCAAUGUCGGCCAGCUGGUGUGCCCGCCUCGCUGUGGGUGUAAUGAAACAGUUGUCGACUGUAGACGAGCAGAGCACAGGAAAGUCCCCCGCAACAUACCAGCCACAACUGAAGUACUUUAUAUCCAGGACAACAAAGUGAUGAAGAUCACUGUGAAGUCCUUCAGAAACGCCCACAAACUCCGAGAGCUAUAUCUGCAAAGCAAUUUCCUAAUGAACGACAGAAUAGAUGACGGUUCGUUUUCAAGUCUGAUUUCCCUUCAGACCCUUGAUUUACGUAACAACCUCUUCAGGACCUUUCCUACUGAGAUAUUGCACGUGUCUUAUGGUUUGAGGAAGCUGGAUCUGUCGGGGAAUCUCAUCCCGUCCGUGUCUGUGGAAAUCUUGAGACAUUUUUCAAAACUAGAGGACCUUGCCAUGGCACAUACAAACAUCCGGAGUCUCCAAGUUGGAACCUUUGAGGGAUUGCAGCAACUUAAAGAAUUAGACCUUUCAUACAAUAAAUUCUCUUCUGUCCCGUCUGGCAUAUUCAAAGGCCUUGACCAGUUAAAGAGCCUCUCGUUAAGAGGAAACCCCAUAACAACACUGUCUGACAGUUCUUUCUCAGGGCUCUCCAACCUGAGGGACUUGGACAUGCGGGAAGCUGGGCUGUUGUCUGUACAGCAGGGAUCAUUUCGCUGGAUGCCACAACUUACGACCCUACUUCUGUCUGGGAAUAGUCAACUUACGCAAGUGGAGGAUUAUGCUUUCGGUGAUCUACCACAACUGUCUUACUUAACUCUAGACGAAUGCAAUAUCAAAACACUGACAAGGGAAGCGCUUUCCACUAUGCGGCCAUUACAGCGAGUCCUUCUUAACGGCAAUCCCUGGACGUGUGACGUCAACAUUUGUUGGAUGAUGGCAUGGUUGAACAGUGGUGAAGUGGCCAGUGCACAUGGUGACGAUCUGAGGUGCGCCACACCGCUGCAGACAGUAGGACUGCAACUCAGAGAAGUAGCCGGAACAAUGUGUACCGUAAUAGGCAUGAAAGAACGCACCGGAGUCCCAGACUACAGACCAAUAAUUAAACCAAAGGAUUCCACCGAAACGUUGAAGCCUUCCUCUUCCAGUGAUAAUUACGUUCCCCAGGGAAAACGUCCUGGAGUGCCUGACGAAGCCGCGAGUACAAAUAUCCACCCUACCCGUGGUCCAGCUGUAGACACUGGCAAUCACGCUACUGACACCGACACAGACUCGAACAUUGUGGUUCUGGUAGGACCACCUGAUAGGUGCCCUGAAGUGUGUCAUUGCAAUGACAAAUCAGCAGACUGUAGUAACCCGUCCUUAUUUGCCGUACCCAAGACCUUACCUUCUGCAAUUGUUUCUCUUCGUGUAGAAAGCACGGCCGUCGCCUCCAUACCAGAAAAGGCGCUUGAGAAUCUGGCAAGCUUAAAGUUCUUGUACCUCCGGAAUAAUAGAAUUACUAAUUCAGGGCUACGGAGAACCUCAUUUCUUGGUCUUAAACGUCUGAGAGGGUUAUACCUUUCCAAUAACUUGUUGACAUCCUUUCCUUAUGACCAGUUCGACGUUUUAUCUAAAACCAUUGAGCUUCUUGAUUUAUCCAACAACCAUCUUGGCAACCUCCCAACUCUGGUGUUUCAGAGAUACAAAAACCUGCGGUCGUUAGUGCUCAGACGGGUGGGGAUUACCAUGCUUCCACCUGCCACGUUCUUCGGUCUGACGCGACUUGACUCCCUGUUUCUGGAUCAUAACGACAUUUCUAAUGAUUUGCGAGCAUUAGGGGAUGAGCAUCUGAAGAGCUUGAGGAUUCUCCAUCUAAGCAGCAACCCAAUCGUUAAACUGGACCCCAACAAUUUCAGGAAACUCAAGACUCUGCAGUACCUUGAUAUCAGCCACACCAACGUAAAAUCCAUCAAUGUCCCUUUUCUGCCAGAACUACGCUCUUUGCUUUUGGCGGGUAAUUCAAAAUUACGUCAUCUCUCUAACGACAUAAUAGAAAAAUUUCCUAACAUCGAACUUCUAGAUCUGCACGGCUGCAGCCUGGGAUUGAUCGGAACUCAGCUGUUCCAGAAAGCCCGACUGGUCAAAGUCUACCUACACAACAAUCCCUGGGUCUGCGGCGAGGACAUCUGCAGCAUGGUGGCGUGGAUUGAAAGCGGAAAGGUUGAUGUACCUCACACUGAGUCUUUACGAUGUGCAACUCCGAGUAAGUUCAAAGACAUGGGGAUACUAGAAGCAAGUCGACGUAUUUGUGGUGGAAAACAUGGUAUUGACGACAGCAUGACGGAGACGAUACAGGAGUUCGUAACUACACGAUCUACUGCGGACAGAGAACUGACAUUUCCGGAGGCGACGACAAUGUCAACAUUAACAGAACAACGUCUGACGACCAUUUCCUCUUAUUACACAGACUUUAUCACGUUGAUAUCUGAACCCACGAUGCAUCAGAGCACGCAACUUCAACCAACAACGCCGUCCCAGGGCCUGGGGGAGCACGGUACAACUGAAGCAGCAGACAAUGGUAUUACCUCAUCGCCACAUUUCCCGUCUGACGGCAACGUAACGGCGGCGAUUCCAACAACUCAGACAUCACAAAGGAGAUACUAUGACAUAGAAGACGUCGAGGCGGGGAAGGGAAGUUUCUGCUCACCAGGCUGUACCUGUUACGGGUCGUCGGUAAGAUGCAUACAGGCUGGGUUAAGCAUGAUUCCAGUGGCUUCCAACUCAACAAAGCAUUUAUAUCUUCAGGCUAACAAUAUUUCAGACCUUCGCCCCAGUGCCCGAAGGAUGUCUGACCUUACCAGCCUGGUCCACCUGCACCUGGAGAAUAACAGAAUCUGUGAUGAUUGCCUUGUCUUCUCUGCAUUUCAGACCAUGCGGAAACUAGAGGGUCUUUAUCUGAACAACAACACACUAAAAUCCCUAGCAAAUGUGAACAAAUUUCCCAGCUGGCUGAAGUACUUAGACUUGUCUGAUAACGUAUUUGGCGAUAUUCCUGACGAAACGUUUGUCAACUUUACAACACUUGUGGAACUGAAGAUGAACAACGUCAAUCUGAGUAGAAUCGACCCUGGUGCUUUCCUUGGUCUCUUCAGUCUCCGCCGGCUUCACCUGGAUGAUAACAAGUUGUUCACAGUACCGACGUCUUCACUCAGAGUACUCGUGUCAUUGGAGUAUUUGUCUAUGAAACAAAACCCCAUCUCCUACCUGACAGCGGGUGCAUUCCGGGGACUCAACAUGUUAGAAUACUUAGAUUUGAGGGAAAGUAACAUCAGCUUUAUCAGCGAGAACGCAUUCAUUUCCCUCACAAAGCUGCGCAGCCUCCUUCUGUCAGGAAGCAGGACACUGAAAAUGGUGUCCAUUGGUACGUUCAGUAAGCUACAGAGCCUAAGAUCUCUUCAGCUUGAUCGCUGUGGAUUCGGAACCCUUUCACCAGAGGCUCUGUCUGUUGCCAAGAACCUGUCGUGGGUGACUCUGCAUGACAAUCCGUGGAAAUGCCGCCAGGAAAUAUGUAGACUGUACAAGACGCUGGACACAACUGAAAUUUACGUCCCUUACACUGAAACUUUAACAUGCCGAGCGGCUAACUCAUCAGAAAAGCAAAAAAUCAUCGAGUAUUGUCAACUUGGUACCCGACUAGACAGUGAUCAGGCCGUGCCGUGGCAGGCUCUGGCGGCGCUGGCUGCAAGAGAAAUUUCCGACACAGCGUGUCCAGGGAAGUGUACAUGUUUCGGGACAAGCGUGGAUUGCGCUGACGGCGGCCUGGGAGCCAUUCCAGAAGAUUUGCCGGACAAGGCAGAACUGUUGAUGCUCCAGAACAAUAAGAUAUCUGGAAUAGCACAGGGACCAUUCCUCAACAUGAGGAAACUACGUCGGCUUCACCUUGACAACAACAUCAUAAUGAACAAUCGUCUCUCAGCAGACUCGCUGAAGGGACUACAGAGUCUGGAAGGCCUCUUCCUGUCCAACAAUGAACUGACGGUGUUUCCCGAGAAGUUCCUGUCAAGCGCUGCAGACACUCUCACUCAGCUGGACCUGUCAGGAAACAAAAUAACGUCAUUAUCACCAGGAACCUUUACAAAGUUCAGGUCUUUGCGACAACUGUUUCUAAAGAAUGUCGGCCUCACUGUGAUUAAUAAAGCUCUCUUUGUCCCCCUGAAGAAACUAGAGGAGCUACUUCUGGACUAUAAUAACUUGACAGACCGAUCACUGUUGGGCAUUCGGUAUCUUCAAAAUAUCAGGAAACUUUCUCUUCGUGGCAACCCCAUCUCAAACCUGAACUAUCUAUCAUUUGUCGGCACAAAUAAGUUAGAAUAUCUGGAUUUGCGGGAGCUCCAGAUUCUUGUCAUUUCUUCUUCGGCCUUCUCCGAGGUACCGAGACUUCACACUCUGUUGUUGUCUGACAACAUCCGACUGAGAGGGAUUCACCCUCUGGCCUUUGUAGGCCUUAAAUACCUCAAGUCUGUUGAGAUGAAUGGAUGCGCAUUGAAAGCCAUACCGCCCGGGCUUCUCCGGAGAAUUGACACGCUGGAAUGGCUGACGUUACACGACAACCCGUGGGCAUGCAGCCGCAGGAUCUGUUGGCUUGUACGAUGGAUGAGCUCGUCGUCGGUAAAGGUUCCCUAUCGACACAGACUGACGUGCCGUUCCCCCCGGAGUCUUAAGGGUUCACGAGUUGAUACUUUAGGCAUAUGUGGAGCGAUGAUAUCAGCGGAACCAACACCCAGGACGACCUUACUGCCGACGUUAACGUACGCUAUGACCGAAAGGUCGGCGAUCGCUAUGAAUGUGUCGGUUCCACUUGAAAACAUAGUUACGAAGUCGACGGUCCGCACACAUUCAGUAACGGACGUCCUUCCACUUAUUACCCCACCGACACCGACGCAUGCACCAGGUGGCCUUGUGACAACGCCAACAAAAGUGUCAAUAUCAUUGGAUAGCGGAGACGGUCGAUCACAGCCUGGAAGAGCCUUACACCCUCCCUGUCCAACACGCUGCAGGUGCCGAGACCACUUCGUCGACUGUGCCUUUGCGGGCUUGAAGACCAUUCCUGACGGGCUUCCUUCCGCCAUUCGCCAUCUGUACUUGGACGGUAACUACAUUAGCAGGAUAGGCCCUCGGGCAUUUGCUGGGAUGCCAAGUCUACAGGUACUUCAAAUGCAGAACAACAGUCUCACCAGUGCCAGCAUCCACAGGAAUGCCUUUGACGGACUGCGCAAUCUGAGAUAUCUUUACCUGUCGAAGAACAAACUGACAACCAUCCCGACCAGCUUACCGAACACAGUCGAGUUCCUACACGUGCACAACAACCUGGUCACCAAUGCUUCUGCUCUCACUGUUGUGAACCUGAUGGUCAAACUACCACGUCUGAAGCGACUGACGCUGCACAAAAACCCUUGGUAUUGCAACCAAGGCAUGUGCUUCCUUAAGAAGUGGAUGGAGAGUACAAAUGUGUUCAUCCCCUACAGGAGCAAUAUUACCUGUGCUGGUCCACAGAGUAUACAGGGAAAGGUCAUUGAUAAGGUGAGUAGUACAGUGUUCUGUAGGAGACCAACGGUGUACAUGGGGAAUGGGACAUCAGCGACUACGACGUACCUGACUCCACGCGCUGUUCUGGCUACACCUGUGAUACCAACAGUACACACCUCAUCACAGCCAACAGUGUCUUCAACAACAACUGGUCCAAAAGGAAGUCAGAAGCCAUCAUGUCCGGAAAGGUGCCAAUGUAAAAAAACACUGGUCCAAUGCAGAUAUGCAGGUCUUAAAACAGUUCCUCUCAACAUCCCCCCAGACACAACCUUUCUCUACUUGGAUAACAACCAGAUCUCCCGGUUCUACCCAGAUUCGUUUGCAAACUUGGAGAAUCUCCGUGGUCUUCAGCUUCAGAACAAUGCGAUAGAAGAUGGGGGACUUGUCGACGCACUGAAGAAGUUGAGGAAUCUCCAGUUCCUUUACCUCAAUGUGAACAAGUUGACACGAAUACCGAAAGGGCUUCCUUCUAAAUUAGAAUACCUGUACCUGGACACAAAUUUUAUAACAGACCUCACCAAUGCCCAGGUGGACAACCUUUUAUUGGAGGCGCCGUCCCUGCUAGCGAUGACUCUUCACAACAACCCAUGGAAAUGUGGACAGCGACUUUGCCCACUGUUACAAUGGUUGAAUUCUACUGAUCUUCUGAUACCCGAGAGGGACAGACUCAUUUGUCAAAGACCUAGAAAAAUGGAGGGUAGACGGAUAGAGUCCGCUUGGGAAUAUGUCUGCAAGCCACGGGGUCCUCAAGAGCCAAACACAAGCGUUUUGCAGUCACCAACCGUUCAAAGUAGCACCUAUUCUUACAGGACUGGUUUGAGCUUUACAACAAGCAGACCGGUACCAGAAAAAGUGACCAGCAAAGAUUCCGGUGACAAUCCUAUUGUUAUCUCCGGAGAAGGAAGUGAUGGGCACGACAAUAUCCCCGACAUCGUAGACAUCCCAACAAGCUAUGGGAUAGACUACUUCCCCGACAGUGACAUUGAUAUUCAUCACGAGACAGAUCCCGUGCCAGGUAUGGAGAUUGAUGUCGACCAUUCCCGCAGAGUAGAUGUUAUUGAUCCGCCUGCUGACAACAACCUACCCGAUGACCCUACAUCGGGUCCAACGAAGAAGGUGGAUAUCCACAACAACAUAGAUUUCUACCCUAAUCCUCAGCCAACUCCAAGUGACAUAGAAGGAUUCAUCCGUGUGGUUGACCACAUAGACAACACCGUUGGGAGCAGUAUAGACACCCAUAAAAGUGACAUUCAUCUGCCGAACAUUCCAGAACCCAUACAAAUAACUCCAACAGAACUUGACACCAAUGACAUUGGCAGCGCUGAAAGGUGUCCCUCGGAGUGCUUCUGUGAUGACUUUGGGUCGGUGGACUGCAGCAACAUUGGUUUGGAAGAGGUUCCGGCCAACAUUCCUGCAACAACCAGACAUCUGUACCUUGAUGAGAACGAAAUAACUGAACUUCCCACAGGAAGUAUGGACAAUCUCAAGGAUUUGAAUAUCCUGGAAAUCCAUAACAACUACAUCACCAACGGCGGAAUCGGCAAUGGAUUCUUUAGAUCGUUCCCACAUAUGGAGUACUUGUACUUUUCGAACAACCAACUGUUGAGUGUUCCUCAAGAUUUACCGACCAGCCUCAUUUCCUUGUAUUUAGAUGGGAACGGCCUGCCUAAGGUUCAAGCGGCUGCCUUUGCUGACCUGCCCAAUCUAGUAUGGCUUUAUCUCCAACGAAAUGGUCUUAAUGAUGAGAGCUUCAAUAGACAGUCGUUUGUAGGUCUGUCAUCCUUAAAGUACUUAAAUUGCGAAGGGAAUGAACUUACAGACGUGCCGCUAAGCCUUCCACAGAGUUUGGAAAUUCUUGUGAUGCAAAACAACAAACUCUCCAACAUUGGACCUGGAGUAUUUUCCCAUUUAACCAACCUACACAAACUGUACCUCUCUAACAACCAGCUAAGAAGCGCCGACAUCCCACGUGAAGCUUUUCUUGGACUUGUGAAUCUUCAGGAUCUGAAUCUUGCUAACAACUCUCUCACAACCAUUCCACACGGCCCACCCAGCCUCCAGUACCUUCAUCUAGAGAGCAAUGACAUUCAGUACAUUCCAUCUUUUGCCUUUUCCCAUCUUCAUAGCCUAAAACACCUAUACCUCAACAACAACCUCCUAACAAGUCAUGGCAUAGCCCCGAAUGCGUUUUCUGGCUUGAGAGAUCUCAUCUACAUUGACCUGUCGCACAAUGACUUAGUGGAGCCGCCAGGCGGGCUACCUGCCAGUCUUGAGGAUGUAUACAUGUCAGGUAAUCAUCUAGUCCAUAUCCCCAGUGAUGUGUUUAUGGUGAACGGUGAACUCCGGGGGCUGUUCUUGAAUAACAACAUGUUGAAUGACUCAAGCAUUCAUAGUGGUUCCUUCUACGGACUUAGUAGCAUACAAUCCCUGGACAUAUCUGGAAAUGCCCUGACCGUUUUCCCCUCCAAUCUUCCAAGUGAACUUGAACAGUUACACAUCAGAGGCAACAACAUAAGAUCGAUCCCACAGUCCUCACUUGAGAUCACUCCAAAAUUGCGAUCUUUAUAUCUUGGAAAUAACAGUUUAGGUGAUACAGGCCUGGUGGCGGCCAGUUUUCACGGCGCAUUUCUUUCAACUUUGGAUCUUUCUGGAAAUAACAUGACAAAAAUCCCAUCAGAACUGCCGUAUUCAUUGGAAUAUCUGUACCUCAACAACAAUCACAUUUCAACCAUAAAGGCUGAUAUGUUGUCUAAGCUUAAGCGACUAAAAGCCCUGUACUUGAAGAACAAUGCCUUAGGUGAAGGUAGCAUAGAAGCCUCGGCUCUAACUGUGUUAAGAAGUCUGAGGUAUAUUGACUUAUCACAGAAUAGAUUGAGUUCUGUACCAGUGAAUCUCCCUGAUGGGGUGGAAGAGUUUAAUCUAUAGGAUAGUUUCCACAUGCUAUAGACAGAAAUAACCUUUGGUGAACUCCUGUCUGUAUCUCAGAUCGUUGCAGAUUGAUUAACAGGUGGGCUAGAGAAAACUGGCAGUAUGAGAGAAUGGUACAUGUGAUAGGAAAAAUGAAGCAGGCAAAUCUGAGAACCAAUCAAUUGAAUACGUGUAGAAUUCACGCUAACUAACUUAUUUGUGAUUUAUAUAUAAUGGCUACUUUUUAUAAGAUUUGUCAUUAACAAUCAAUGAAGCCAUAAUUAGGGAAACACAGAAAAAGUGGUAAAAACAAUGGAAAUGUACUUCAUCACUGCGGCUUCAGGAAUCAGUGAAAUACAUGUAGGAAAUAGUGCAGAUAGAUAUGGCUGGCUGACAUAGACAUUUCUUAUUUACAUGGAUCUGCAAAUUAAGUUAACUUUGUAGAACUGCCUGCUCUAUCCUGCUGCAGUCGGACCCCUCCUAUUGCACAGGUUUCUGACAUCAAAGUAGUAAAAGAACUGCACAUGCAUGUAGUUUUCCAUUUAGGCCAUGUUGAUUUGAUUAUAUGGAUGACAUCUACACAUGGAAUCAAUUUUUGCUCAUUUCCAAAAAAGAAGUUUUUGACCAUACAGAAAGUCGUAGAAACAUGCUGUGAAAUGACUAAAUACCGGUAUAAGCCGAAGUUGCCACAAAAAUGAUAGAAAACAGACGUAGAUUGCAGUUAGAGAUGUGAAGAAACAAAAAUGAAAAAUCUUUUGUUGUGAAGACCAGUAUACUGUGUGCUUAGUUAUUUGUUCAGCCUUUCUGACCAUUUAGAUUUCACAAUGAAGGCAACUUUUUUAUUUGCAUGCUCAGUUUUUGGGUUCCCAGAGGAUGUUAUCCAUACAUGUAUAACCAAAUCAACAUCAUAACCCAAGGAAACACACAGAAGUGACACCAAUUUACAUGUGGACAGGUUUGAUUGUGCUUCUUAAUAAACAGUGUACAACUGACAUGUAUGUCAAGUUAACCAAAGAGUGUGAUUUAAAAACUACAGUGGGGUGCUCUUAUGGUGAGAGUUGUAUAGUAAACUGAAGACACAGACCACGUCAGACUUGGUAAACUUUUGUAAAUAUGAUGUUGUGUAAAACAGUAUUUUUUGAUUUAAAAGAGUUAAGAAAAGCUUGUGACAAGAAGGAUUUGUGGGGAACAAAAUAUAUUUAUUUUUUGUGCAUGAAAAAUUAUCUUUGUUGAGCUAUGUUUCUAACAUAAGGGUGCUGAGCAACACUUUUGUACCUCAGAAAUAUGAUCUGUAUAGUACUGAGCCUUUGCAUGAUCCACGUAUUCAACUUGAAUGAUUUUAGCCUUCAGAGUUCAGACGAUCUUCAUUCGCCAAGCCGAGAGAGAGAGACACAAUACAAAGUAUAAGUCCAACAUUAUACCAACAUUUCCAAAAAUAUGUUGUACAUAGAUACAUUUUGUAGUAGACUGUUGUGCGGAACAAUUGACUUAACUAUGGCAGAGCUACUUAGUUUACUUCCAUCCACAGUUUGGCUAUGUUGAUUAGACUAUAUGGAUGACAUAGACAUCUAUAAGUGCAUCAACGUUUUCAAUCUUACUGUAAAUAGUACUAAAGUAACUGCAAAAUGAGCAAAUACGAAACAUAAGCUGUGAAUUGUAAAAAAAAAAUGAUGGACCAUACUCUGUGUGAUGUUUUUACAA